CUACAAGUCAAGCUGUGAUAGUGAGACAGUUCAGUCGGUUUCCUUAUCUCAUCUUCUCUUUCAAUUGUCACAUUAUGAGGUUCUCAACGGUGCUUCUCUCGGCUCUUGCGCCAUUUAGUCUUGCGGCCCCUGAGCCAAAGACUGUUUCCGCACCGGAGCUCUCGGGCCAAUUGGUCGAGCUUUUGGAGAAGCAUAACCUCGCGCUUGUACCGCGAUCAGAACUCACAGAUGCGUUAAAGGAAUUGAAUACACUUCUCAAGAGUGAUAGAUUUCCUCGCGCACCUGUUCUGAUAAGGCGACAAAAUACUACCUCUGGUUCUGGCUCAAAAUCGGGAGGCUCUAGCUCAGAAUCUGGAUCAGAUGACGACUCAGAUUCAGAUAGCGGUGGUUCAAGUCGCGUUGUCUCAAUUCCUGGGCUUGAUGGUCUUGGUGACCUUGGUGAUGGCCUCAAGGGAUUGACAGACGCUCUCGGCGAGUUGGGAGACCUUCUCAAAGCUCUCAAGGGUCUCCUAUCAGCCGAGUUCCUUGACGCAUUCCAUGAUGCUAUGGUCUAUCUCGCAGCAACAUUGAAGCCUCCCGCGCCCAACCAAAUCAGAAGUCUCCUUGAUAAAGCAGGUCCUUUGCUGGAUCUUGUUGGCGAACUCAACCUCAAGGAUCUUGUCGACCAGCUCAAGGAUGUCGAUAUCGCUGGUAUCGUAUCCAAGGUUCUCAAGCUUCUCACCGACGAUAACCUCAAGAACAUCAACGGUCUUCUCACCAAUGGCGCAGGCCUCUUGACACCAGACUUCGUCAAGCAGACCAAGGGCCUUAUUGGUGACGUCUCGCCUCUUCUCGACGAGCUUGCUCCUCUUCUCAAGAAGCUCACCGGCCUUGAUCUCGAGGGCAUUCUAUCAGCUUUGGACCCACUUCUCAAGAAGGAGUCUAUCCAGGGCAUUGUCACCUUGCUCAAGAACGCCGGCGAUCUUCUCACCGCCAAGACCGUUGAUGAGAUCCAGGGUCUUCUCGGUGAAGUCUCGCCCAUCAUCAAGGAUAUCGCCCCACUUCUCGAGCAACUCACCAAGCUCAACCUUGAAGAAGUCCUCAAAGCGCUGCAGCCGCUCCUCAAGGAUGAUUCUAUCAAGGGUAUCUUGAGCUUGCUGAAGAACGCCGAGACUCUCUUGACACCCAAGUUUGUGGACCAGACGCAAGACCUCAUCGGUGCCGCGUCUCCACUGAUCGACAAGUUGAACGAUGUCGAUCUCAAGGGUGUUCUUGAUGCCUUGAGCCCCAUCCUCAAGAAGGAGGCCAUCCAAGGACUUGUUGGACUGCUUAACAACGCAGAAGACUUGUUGACCAAGGAUACCGUCAAGAGCAUCAAGACUCUUCUGACCGAGGCGUCUCCCUUAAUUGAGAAGCUCUCCGACAUUGACCUCAAGGGGGUUCUGGACGCGUUGAGCCCCAUCCUGAAGAAGGAGGCUAUUCAGGGUCUCGUCGGCCUCUUGAACAACGCCGAGGACCUUCUGUCUAAGGAUACUGUCAAGAGUAUCAAGACCCUACUAUCACAAGCAUCGCCAUUGAUCGACAAGCUCUCAGAUAUCGAUCUCAAGGGCGUCCUUGAUGCCCUCAGCCCGAUCCUCAAGAAGGAGGCUAUUCAGGGCUUGGUUGGACUAUUGAACAACGCCGAGGAUCUACUUUCCAAGGAGACCGUCAAGAGUAUCAAGACCUUGUUGUCCAGCGCCUCACCUCUCAUCGAUAAGUUGUCUGAUCUCGACUUGAAGGGCAUUCUCGAUGCACUUGGCCCCAUUCUCAAGAAGGAUGCCAUCGAAGGUCUCGUUGGUCUUUUGAACAACGCCGAAGACCUGCUCGACAAGGAGACUGUGAAGAACAUCAAGUCUCUGCUUACCAGCGCUGGUCCUCUCAUCAACGAAUUGAAGAAGAUUGAUCUCGCUGGCGUUCUCAAUGCACUGGCACCUAUCCUCACCAAGGACUCCAUCAAGGGUAUCGUUGGAUUGUUGGGUAACGCCGAGAGUCUCUUGACCAAGGAUUUCGUCUCCGACACCAAGAAGCUCAUCUCCAACGCCAGCCCGCUCUUGACCAGCCUCGGCAAGAUUGAUCUCAAGGGUCUUCUCGAUGCGCUUGCACCACUGCUUACCAAGGAUUCGAUCAAGGGUAUUGUCGGUCUUUUGGGUAACGCCGAGAACCUGCUCACCAAGGACUUUGUUUCUCAGACCAAGUCUUUGAUCUCCAAGGCUUCGCCUCUUCUGGACAGCUUGGAUGAUGCUGAUCUCAAGGGUCUGCUUGAUCAAGUCGGUCCUCUUCUCAAGGAGGUCGGCAAGCUCAAGCUCCAGGAUAUCAUCAGUGCCGUGGCACCUCUCCUCACCAAGGAUUCCAUCAAUGGCAUCGUUGGACUCCUCGACAAUGCCGAGAACCUCCUUACCAAGCAGUUUGUCUCUCAGACCAAAUCGCUCAUCGGAAAGGCCUCUCCUCUUCUCGACAGUCUUGACAAGGCGGAUCUUGCAGGCUUACUCGACCAGGUUGGUCCUCUGCUCAAGGAAGUUGGCAAGCUCAAGCUUCAGGACAUCAUGAGUGCAGUCCAGCCACUGCUCACGAAGGACUCCAUCAAUGGCAUCGUUGGUCUGCUUGAUAACGCCGAGAACCUUCUUACCAAGGACUUCGUUUCCCAGACCAAGUCUCUCAUCUCGAAGGCUGGACCAUUGAUCACUAGCGUGUCCAAGCUCAACCUUGAGGACCUGCUUGACCAAGUUGAACCGCUGCUGAAGAUGCUCGGCAAGCUUGAUCUCGAGGGCAUUCUCGGCGCUCUUGCGCCUCUUCUCACCAAGGACUCAAUCAAGGGCAUCGUGCGCCUCGUUGAUAACGCUGAGAAUCUGCUGACAUCGAAAUUCGUCAACGAGACUCAGACGCUUAUCUCUGGCGCUGUUCCCCUGAUCUCCUCGCUAGAGGACGCUGAUCUGCCCGAAUUGCUGGACCAGGUAGGCCCUCUGCUGAAGGAGAUUGGCAAGAUCGAUCUCGUCAAGCUCGUCAAGAAGCUCUCGCCUCUUCUGGAUGAGAUCAGCGACUUGGACAUCAAGGGUCUUUUCGACGCACUUGCGCCGCUACUCUCACCCAAGGGAGUCAAGGGCAUCAUGGAUCUUCUUGGCAACGCUGAGGAUCUUCUCACGCCCAAGUUUGUCAAUCAGACUCAAACGCUUAUUGGUGAAGCUGUACCGCUCGUGGAAGCACUUGGUGAUAUCGAUCUCAAGAAGCUCAUCAAACAGCUCCAGCCUCUUCUUGAGGCCCUUGGCGAGAUUGACUUGGGUGAUCUCAUCAAGAAGGUCAAGCCACUUCUCAAUGCUCUCAUGAAGAUCGAUCUCGUCAAGCUGGUUAACAAGCUUCUGCCGCUACUUGAUACUCUAGAUGACAUUGACCUUGACGGCUUGCUCAAGGCGAUCGAGCCUCUUCUUACGCCAAAGAGUAUCAAGGGCAUUGUCGGUCUCGUUGACAACGCGGAGGAUCUCCUCACAGCCAAGUUUGUCAACCAGACACAGACCCUCAUUUCGGGCGCAGUACCAUUGAUUGAGGUCUUGAACAAGCUCGACCUUGAGGAGCUCUUUGAGAUUAUUGAGCCUUUGCUCAAGGAGCUGGACGGUCUUGAUCUCACUGGUCUUGUCGACGCUGCCAAACCUCUGCUCAAAGCCCUCAAGAAGAUUGACGUUCAGGGUAUUGUAGAUGCAGUGGUGCCAUUCCUUAACCCCAAGACCAUUAAGGGUCUUCUCGGCUUGGUUGGAAAUGCUGAGGAUCUACUUACCAAGAACUUCGUGAACCAAGUAUCGGAACUCAUUGGAGACGCGACACCGCUUGUUGCGACGGUAGGAGACUUGGUACAUGCGGUACUCAAGGAGCUAGUGGGACGGUCUUAAUGUGAUGAUUGGGUUAUGAACGUGGUUACGUGAUGGGAUGUUUUAAUCAUGUAUUAAUGAGUUUGGAUAUUUGACGUAUACGAUACCCUAUGAAUGCGCCUCUACGGUGCCAUAAUGAAACUGUCUUUAUCCGUA